GCGAAAAGCUACAACUCCCAAGCGCUUAUCCACCUCCCCGAGGACAUGCGCAAGUCCACACCAACUGCACCCACCGCACCUGCAUCGUCGACCAAGCAGCAUCAUGUGCAGGUCGCCCACUCCGAAGUCACGCUCACGUUUAAGAAGAAACCCCUCGGGAUUGGCCUCGUGCCUUCAACGCAGCUCUACGGCGCGUGGGAAGUUGGGCAUGUCCCCGACGACAUUGCAGAGGAGUUAUGUGUUGGCGACGUGCUUAUGGCAGUCAAUGGAGACACAUCGGUGAAUGCAAUGGACGCAUUGACGUUCCGCACGUACAUCGGCAAGCUGGCUGUGCCGAUCUCGAUCACAUUCCGAAAACCUCUGCUACAUGGCCAUUGCGACUCGCACGCCACUGCCACGGCACUGUUCCCGCAAAGUGACGAGUACACUCAGUUCCUGCGCGGCUCCACGCGACACGUUCGCGCCACGGCAGCGCAAUGGAAACAGUCGGCAGCGCGAGACGUGGAAGCGGCGGCCCUGCCUCUCGGUCGAGAUCUUGUCGGCGAUAUCGCAGUGACCGUGGCUUCGUUGCCACUACCAGUGACAUUUGCCACUUGUACUCGGAGCUACGGCAGCCUCGAAGUCCACACGAACGAUGCCGCAGAGUCGUCAACUCCAUCGACUUGGCAUGCUCUGGUCCCAGGAGAUGUGCUUGUGGCCGUCGAAGGCGACUCCGACUCGGCUACUUGGACACUGGACGAGCUCACGUCACAUUUGCAAGUCGCGACUUUGCCCCUGACUUUGACGUUUCGAACACCGGCGCUGUAUCUGCGGUACCUUCGCCAACAUCCGGCGACCAGUGCCACCGCCGCCGCCGCCACGACAUCGUCCACAUCCAUGAGCCGAGCCAUGUUUCCUCCCUCCAAAGAGUACAAAGCCAAGCACAAAGUCAUAGGGUCCCCCCUUGCCGCAAACGACAAGGGCGAGUGGCACACAGCGCACGCCAAGCUCAAGCAGAACAAGUGGCUGGCGUACUUUGAGGCGUCGGUGGUCCUUAAGCGUAACCACGUGCGCAUACUGACGGCGGCGCUGCCCCCGCACUUGCAGUGCCACCACUGGAAGCUGCUCUUUACGACCCAAGAGCACGGAUUCAACUCGAGUGUGCUGUACCACCGAGUGCACGACCGCGGCCCGACCGUCGUGGCUAUCAAGGACUCUACAGAUCAAGUGUUUGGAGGUAGUGUACUGUACAUACAUCCUACAUGUUUCCGUACACUUUAAUGUGGCUGUGGCUGCUUACAAUCGGUUCACUGGAUCAUACAUAUAUAUGUACGAUGAUAUUAUAUAUUCACUUGUAUGUAUUAUGUUUUCGUGUAGUACCAGCCAACAUGUAUAUUGCUUUAUGAAUUUUCAUGGUGGUUGUUGCAUAGGUACUGUAUAGUAAAGGAAUGGGGAGUUGUCUGAUUGUCUGAUAUAUAUAUAUAUAUACUACAUGAUUCAAGAGUAUUAUUUAUUUAUUUUUGCAACAGUGAUAUGCAUACUAUUACGAAAGAUUCAAGUAUAUUAUUGUCGUCGUCGUGGUGGUAGUUGUUAAUAUAUUGGAGAUUUUAACAACUUUAUUUCGAGUAGCGUUUACUCCGUCGUCGUUGAAGCACUCGAAAAAAGUGUAUGGCAACGGGAGGGCGUUUGUGUUUCAGCACAAGUCCGUGUACGGGUGGAGCGGCUUGGAUAGCAAUUUCGUGUAUGGGGGGCCCAGUGGCUCAAUCAUUUGGGGAGGGGGGCCCACGGGACUGGCACUGUGCCUCCAGUUGGACGAAGCGAGGGGGUUCACGCAGCCGUGCGACACUUUCGACAGCCCUGCGCUCACCCACCCGCACCAGUUUCAUUGCUGGGCGGUGGAAGUGUGGGGCUUUGAAGGGGUCAAGCUGUAAUCAAUACACUCGACAUUGCAUCACACCAUUUAUAAUAGCUGUAAAACGUGGAAUUCACAGUGUUCUCGA